ACGCAUGCAUUAGCGCCUGGUCAGGUCGCAAAGCGCAAGGCUGAGGUCGCGGAGAACAAGCUGCGAAGUGACCGGAAAACGAACGCAGCCUUAUAAUGGCCUUUCUCUGCCGUUACGGUCGUCGUCCUUGUCCGACUCAACUCUAGCUUCUUCGUUGACCUAGGCGAACCGCACAACCUGUCAUUCUACCCGCCCAUCUGCUGGCCUAGCGCGCUUCCCUCCACACCAUGGCAUCCCGCAACUCUCUCGACAGCCCCGACUCCUAUGCGGUCGCCUGGAUCGCAGCUCUUCCCAUCGAGCGGGCCGCUGCAGAAGCAAUGUUUGACGAGGAACAUGCUCCUCCAACUGGCUUCACUAGGCACCAAAUCGACGCGAACCGUUAUACAUGGGGUCGUAUGGGAGAGCACAACAUCGUUAUCGUCUCCCUUGCCGCCGGAGACUAUGGAACCACCUCGGCUGCGUCCACGGCCUCGAGCCUGCUUGCCUCUCUGCCAUCCAUCCGUGUUGGUCUUCUGGUCGGCAUAGGCGGUGGCAUCGCACGACCGGACGAUGACCGCGAUAUCCGGCUCGGCGACAUUGUCGUGAGCCAGCCCGAUGGGACUGCAGGCGGCGUCUGCCAGUACGACUUGAUUAAGGCAAAGCCUGGUAACAGGCGUGAGCGCAAAGGCUUCCUCGGACGGCCUCCGACGGUUCUCCUCAACGCGCUUGCCAGCAUCCAGGCCGAUCACGAGCGGAAAGACUCCAAAGUUCCCUACUUCCUUCAACAGAUGUUAGAGAAAUACCCGAAGAUGGGCAAGAGAUCCAAGACAAGUCCUGGCUAUACUCACCAGGGCUUCGACAAAGACCGCCUCUUCAAAGCUUCUAGUGGCCACGUCUCCGGGUCGGACUGUCGGGGCUGCGACGCGGCUGGCGACGUUCAACGCGAUCCUCGAGACACCACCGACCCCGAUAUCCACUACGGGACUAUCGUAUCCGGCAACACGCUGGUCAAAGACGCCGCUGCGCGCGAUCGGAUUAUUGCCGACGUCGGCGAGGAUUGCAUCUGCUUUGAGAUGGAAGCAGCCGGCCUGAUGAACCACUUUCCCUGUCUUGUGAUCCGAGGGAUCUGCGACUACGCCGAUUCCCACAAGAACGAUCGAUGGCAACGUUACGCCUCGGCCACCGCCGCUGCGUAUACUAAGGAGCUCCUGGCGUACGUGCCGGUCGCGGAGGUCCAGGAGACCAAGAAAGCGCUGGAAAUGCUUCAAUCAGUUGAAUAAAAAAUCGAUAGUAUGCAGUAGACCAUAGGUGUAGCGAAAAUAGCCACUGAUUCUAUCCAGGCCGACCUUCGUACCGAGAAGAUCGAGCGCUGGCUUCGCCUGUUAUGGUUCCAGGCCUGUGGCCUGUCUCCUG